UUGCGGUGGUCCCCGCUGACACCGGCGGGAGGAGGGGAAGGCGCUCCUGUCCGGUGUAGUGUGAGAAACUGUUCUCCGUCCAUUUCCGCCUCCUGCCCCUCCCGCUCCGCUUUGCCCGUUUUAGCCCCUGUAAAGCACAGUUCGCAGCACCGGGUGCCAAGUAAGGGCGGGGUGAAGGGCAGGGGCUUCAGCAGCUGUUACUGAGCAUGCUCGGCGCACCCUCAGCAGCAAAGCCCCACAGCUCACAGCCUCUCGCACUGCAGGGCCCGCCUCAGCCCUGUCCCCGUCCGCGCCGCAGCAGCAACAGGCGGUGGCGGGCCCUGCCCAGCUCGCGUGCAGCCACCUCCCUCCCGGCAGCGGCGCCAGGCUGCGUUUGGUCCCGGCUUAGGGUCCCCGCAUCGCGGGGGCGGGGCCUGCACUCGUCUGCGAGCCACGGCCCGGGCGCGGGCGGGUCACGUGGUGGAGGUGUGGCCGCGUGCCCGGUCUCCUAGCAACGCGGGAUGGCGGCGACGGGCGAGCAGCAGGGCCGCGAGUACCUGGAGCGCUACAAGAUCCCGGAGCUGCUGCACAACCUGAGCGCGCUGCUGCUCUACCACCGGCCCGAAAGACCAAGAGAGUUUUUGAUACAUGCACUGGAAAGAGUGAAGCUUGCAAAACUAACUGAUGCAGAAUAUCCUUAUCUUGUGGAUGAAUCAAAUUUGGAUGCCAUGUUUGAAAUGCUGGACACUGCAAGUCAAGGCUAUAUAACUUUAGUGCAGUACAAAGGAGCUCUCAAAACCUUGGGGUUAAGUACUCAAGAUUUGCCUUAUGAAGAAGAUGCAACUAUCACAUUGGAAAUAUUCAAGAAAGAAGUGAAGAAGUUGUUGCAGGAGAGCUGGGCAAUAUAUCAAUCUUAAGCAGCUGUCUGCUAAAAAUAAUUUUUUUUUAAAGUCUUAUCUUUGAGUUUGUUUUUAUUUUAAUUGCCUUUUGGCAACUGAUAGUGUUUCACUUAUCCAAAUAUAAACUGAGUAGCAUGAGCAUAGUAUGUAAAAAGAUGAAUUAUAUGGUGAUAGUUUAAAUAAUCAGAAACUACUCAUUACACCUGAGGAACGUCUUUUGAGGACUUCCUUUACCAAAAAAAAAAACAACACAUUCAAAACAGCGUAACAUUAAAAAGAUGCUGUCUAUCAACAUCUUCCCUAGUAAGAAUGUUUUGGGGCCAUACAGUGAUAAAAAUGACUUAUUCAGAGUAGCUCAAGGCAAUGCUUUGACACGUGUUGGUUCAAAUAUAAAACUAUUUCUGUACAAAAUGUUGUUCUAGUAUGCAAUAAACAGCAGCCAUUAUGGCACUGAAAGUUUAUUUUAAAGCCAGAUAUUUCUUUAAGACUCUUGGGGGAAAAAUAGUUUUGAACAACCUGGAGAAGAUACCCAAAUUCCAACAAAACCAUUAUUUCCAAACAUAAGCAAUUUGAAAUAAAUAAUAUUUCAAUAACUGAACAAGUUGUGAUGGCAUUUUUAAACAAAUUUACUAGUCACAAUUUAUGCAAGGCCUGUUCAGAACAUUUUAAAGAGGACAAAGGAUUUGGACAUUCAAGGAAGAGACAAUUCUGAAGUUUCCAUAACAGGACUUAGUUUUAAAAGUUAGCAUGAUCAAAGAAGAUAGAACAUGGACACAUGCUUUCACCUCAUUCCACACCCCCUGCACACACAUUUACGUAUGUAAUGCCCAUGUAUGAGAAUUUAUGUACAUAACUGUCCAUAUACCAAAAUGAGACUGCACCAAUUUGAAUGAAUGUUUACCACUGAAUGCAGUAGCAUAUAUACCCAGAGUUUACUCCAUAUUACUCUAAACCAUUAAAGUUUCCUCAGCAUAACCAUUAUCGCCUUACAGCCAUCAUCAACUAAACAGAUCACUUGCUAUUCAACAAGGAAUACAUUCUCCAAUCUAGGUCUGAGCCUGCUGUGUUUCUAGGUUGGGGGUAGUUACAAAACAGGCCAAGUUAGAGAAAAGUGAUUAAAACAGAUUUGACUAAACUAUACUAGGUUAGAAACCAGUUCAGUAUUGCAACUGUUUUAAAAUGGCUAUGUACAACAUAUAAUCAGAAUUAUAAAAAGAUUAAGGCAUAAAGCUAGAUCAAGUCAGCAUUUUACAAAGAUGUACUAGUGGUCUGUUUGUGGGGUUUUUUUUGUUUUGUUUGUUAAAGAAUAUACAAUAAAAGUAUACUAAUG